CGAUCGCAUUGACUCACUACAAUCUAUCCCUCGGAUUUGUGGAUUCUUGCUAGUGCUAAGGAGAAUCGAGUCAUUAGUUAUCCACAUCUUGUGUUUAAUCACAUGUUGAAUUAUCAUGAUGACAACUAUGAUGGAGAGCUUCCAUUUGCGCCUCAGAUCACUCAAAUCCUACUGGCUUUGGGCUUGGAUUUGCGUUUCAAAGUGGCUCGUGUGGAUCUGCUUAGCUCUCUUCGAGCUCAGUUUGUGAUUCGCAAGGUAGAUGCUUCUGUUGGACGUCGUCGCCCGCUGGUCAAUGCUCCAGGGGGAGAAGCAGCUGGUCAUGCAGUUCCUCCACAUGAGGAUGGACUCAGUCUUGCAGAACUGGGAGAGGAUGAGGCUAAAGAAGCUCCAGACAUAAUAGAUUUUGUUGGGAUGGUAAGGGAAAAUGGUAAACAACCAAUGGUGCAUCCCUUGGAGGCUAUUCGAGCCAUGUUCAGGUAGGAGGGGGAAGCUAGCAGUAGUGAGAAUCAGAUGCAAAAAGAUGAAGAUGCCAUCUCUAAUUAUGUCCCUUCACCAGAAUAUGGGUUCUAGGAUGAAUAUCAUUCUUAGGGGGAGUUAGUUUAGGAAAUUUUGUUUCCUGUCCUGUUUUGAAUAAAGUAGAAGGAGUCUA